AUGGCGGCAGGUGUUCGAGAUCCAGCAUUCUGGCGGCGGUUUUCAAUGGCAGUACAUUUGGAUGAAGAGAAGGGAACCAUUUCAGAUACCAGGUCAAAUUCAACUGCGUCUUCUACUGCGCCUUUGAGGCAUACAGAUACAUGGCUCGAGCGAAAUCGGAAGAAACAACGUCGGACCCGAAUGAUAGGCUGCUUCAUCGCCAUCAGCUUUAUACUGGCCAUCGUGGGCAUUGUCCUUGUGUUACUGUGGUGGGCAAAGGUUGGCCCAUUCAAGGACAAGUCGUCCUGA